AUGAUCGUUGCCCCAAUAGCCGCCGCAGCGUAUGGCCAAGUUGGACCCGGUCCAGUGUAUCAUGGAGACUUACACACAACCAAGGGACAUAGUUUCGAUCAAGUUACUAUACGAGAUUCUGCCACUGUCAACCUGCAUCAAGGAGAUAUCUACUUUCCUCGGUCUGAUUCAACAGAAUUGCCACAGUUCUGGGUCUUGAAACAACCUUCUCUGCACUUCACUGGUCGAGCAGAACAUUUGCAAAUGAUUCAGAGAUGGUUCACAGAGGAAGAAAGCCGAAAGCCCAAGCAUAGGGAUAGACACAAGUCAAUUGUCAUCCAGGGUAUGGGAGGUUCGGGCAAGACCCAGCUCGCUCUCAAUUAUUGGGGCAUCUUUUGGAUCGACGCAAGCAGUCGCCAGAACGCAUAUAACAACUUCGGUGAGAUCGGUAAAUAUUUCGGAAAAGGUGACACUUUCAAGGCUGGUCUCUACUGGUUGUCUAGCAAAAUAAAUCAGAAAUGGCUCCUUAUCUUGGACAAUGCCGAUGACCCAGAUGCUACAGCCUUGGACAUCUCUGAUCUCAUUCCUCCAGGCAACAAUGGUCAUGUGCUGAUCACUUCCAGAAACCCGCAGCUGCUUCAUACUGAGGAGUACACUACAUCAGGCUCCCUUCAUCUAGAGGCUUUAGGCGAAGAUGAGGCAAUUGACCUUCUCCUCAAGUGCGCGUACGACGACGAAUCCCUCUUGGCUGACGCUGAUGCUAGGGACCUGGCUCAAGAGAUCACGACAAAAGUGCUCUACCGCUUAGCGAAAACGAUCGAUGCGGCUGGUCGCUUCAUUCGUCAGAAGAAAUACACGCUCGAGAAGUAUUUAAAGCACUAUCUACCUAUUCAACGAAAACGCGAACGUCUCAGCAGAGACAAUGGGGAAAAUACCGAUAAGGUUUUGAUUGCGAUUCAAACCACGUGGGAGACUCCGUUACGUGACAUCAAGCUAAAGGCGAAGAAUUCCCAAGAACAUGAAGAUGCUGUUGCUUUGUUCCACGUCUUCACGUUUCUUCACUAUGAUGGCGUCACCCAACAGGUCUUUGAAAACCUCUGGAGGUCCCCUGCCUGUCAAUCCACCAUUACUGGGUCCAUGCCUUAUAUUCUGACAUCCGGCCACACCGAAACGUUGGAAUUGGCGAGUCGAUUGGAGACUGCGACACAGUUGUUGCAUAGUUACGGUGUGUUGGAGUCCUGUAACUUCGAUUCCACAACGGAAACCACAAACCGACCGUGCUAUACUUUUCAUCCCUUGGUUCAGAGUUCCGCUCGACACAAACUCAAAACCAACAAUGGACGUGGUGACCAGCGGCCGCAAUGGCUGAAGCGCGCUAUUCAUGUUCUAGCUUCCGGCAUAUCUGAACAGGCAGAAGACAUCGACGCAAAGUACGCCAGAAGACUGAUACCUCACAUAAGGGAAUGCAUCAAACUUGUCGAGGACAUUGACGAGUCUCAGCACUUAUGUGAAGACAACUCCGAGCAGGUCGAAUUAGCCGCGCAGCUCGGGUCGGAUUCGAAUUUCAAAGCUCGAGACCAUUAUGGCUUCGAUGUCCAGAAGCUCAAGCACUCGUUGUUGUUUACACACCAGGGGGCAUUGCAAUAUGAACGUUUCGCUCUUGUCUACCACACUGUCGCUUGGUGGCAAAUUUCCGUCAACUUCUACAAGCGAGCACUGCUUUUCAGGCAGCUCAAACAAGGGAGCAGACAUGAACAAGUGCUAAACAACAGGAGAAGGAUGGCGCUCGAUAUGUUCUGGAAUGACGAAUUAGAAGAUAGUGUAAGAAACUUAAUCUUUAUCUUAAUCUCAAGAUGGCGAAAGCGAGAUUCAUGGGCAGACUGGCUGUUUUCACCACUUUCCCCUGGUCACAUCAGUUACUGUACGGCGCUCAGCGAUCUCACGGAAGCGCUUUGGAGAGUACGCAAACACUUUGAAGCAGUACGUCUUGGAGAACGAGCUGUCUCAGGACUGACUGAAAGACUUGGAGUUGACGAUGCGCGUACAGCUACGGCUAGACUGAAUCUCGCCCGCGUCUACAACCACGUCGACAAGACGGAAGAAGCACAUGGGAUAUUGGUCUCAGUUGUGCGAGCACGUAAAAGACGACCCUCGUUAGUGGACGGGGGUACUUCGCAGACAUCUCGGCAUAAACUGCCCCCUGGUUUCAACAAUGUCGAUACACUAUUUGCAAGGAACGAACUGGCGUUCAGUCUGAGGAAAAAGCCAGGGCGGGGCCUUAUAGUGGAGCGAAUAUCAAGAAAUGUGAGUCAACAAGCUGUCGAAAUUCUAGGUGAAGAGCAUCCGUGGACACUGUUUUCCCUCUCCGAUUUGGCAAAACAUUUAAGCAUCGUCCGCAAACCACAAUCAGGACAAACGGAAACUGAACACCAAGAAGCUGUUGAAAUCAUGGAAGGCAUAAUGCCCAUGGCUAGAAGAGCUUUGGAGGCCCAACGGCACCAUUUCUUCCUGAUACAGGGACAACUCGCCAGGGUAUAUGCUUACAAUGGGAAGUGGAAAGAAGCUGAGGCGACUCUAGUCGACUUGGUCAAGUCCACUGAGCCGACUGAGCUGCACUGGUACGGAGCGGCAGCAGCAUUAGCACGAGUCCAUUACCGUGCAGGAUCUUAUCAAGAGGCAGAAACGCUGCUGAAGAGACUGAUAAGGAUUCGCGCACCGAAAAAGGACUCUCAUACAGCUAAAAAUCCGGAGUUGCUGAACGUGUUGGAUCAAACAGCUACACUUUACAAGAAAACCAACCAGAUUGAGAAGCUGGUUGCAUUGAAGACCGAAUAUCCUAUGGCCGACGAAACUCUGGAGGACGGCGCGAUGUUCGAAAAUUUCAACACACAGAUGUCAGAAGUCUCGAAUCCCUUCAAGACUGUCUAUGAUAUUGCGAUGUUUCUCUGGAUAGAUAGGGAUAAAUGGUGGUGGGAAGAGUCACUAUAUCAAGCAUGCAAGCGAGCUGGUCAGAAGUACUGGACUGAGAAUAACAACCCGGAUCAAACCGACGAAGACGAAGCAAUGUUCAACAAAGAAAAUAGGCGACGUGAUCCACCUUAA